AUGGAACAAAUGCUUGCAACCUUAACCAAAGUGGUAAUGCAACAACAGAGGCAACAACCUUUACCACCUCCACCCCUACCGGCUCAAGUUGAAAUGGGCACCGGUGACGUCAUCAACUUGACACAGAAGUUCAUGAAAAUGAAACCGCCAACAUUCUAUGAUGGAAUUGAACCAUUGAAAGCAGAGACGUGGUUGCUUGAGAUGGAGAAACUGUAUGAGGUGUUCCCUUGUUCUGAAGUCCAGAAAGUCCUCCUAGCCACCUAUACUCUGAAGGAUGAAGCCCAAAGGUGGUGGUUACUAAUUCGAAAUGGCCACGAGAAUAUGACGUGGACUCAAUUCAAUACAAUUUUCUAUGACAAGUACUUUCCCCAGUGCUUCCGAGACCGGAAGGUUUCAGAAUUCUAG